AUGAGCGGCAUCGGCAGGGCGCUCUACAAUGUGGGCUUCUGGGUGCGCGAGACGGGGCAAGCACUCGAUCGACUGGGGUGCCGUCUGCAGGGCAAAUAUGCCUUCACUGAAGAACUGUCGCGGCAUCGCACCAUCAUGAAUCUUUUCGACAAGCUGCCCGAGGUGCCCGCAAAUGCCUUCGUGGCGCCGAGCGCGGCUGUGAUUGGCGACGUGCAGAUCGGGCAGCGAUCAUCUGUGUGGUACAACGCCAUUCUUAGAGGCGACGUGAACAGCAUCCGCGUGGGCGCGGACACCAACAUCCAGGACGGCUGCAUCGUGCACGUGGCAAAGACCAACCUCGCCGGCAAGAUCCUCCCCACCAUCAUUGGCUCGCGCGUCACUGUUGGGCACAAUGCGGUGCUGCAUGCGUGCACGGUGGAGGACGAGGCAUUUGUGGGCAUCGGAGCAACGCUGCUGGACGGGGUGGUGGUGGAGUCGGGUGCUAUGGUGGCUGCUGGCGCUCUUGUCGUCCAGAACACGCGCAUUCCUGCAGGCCAGAUCUGGGCGGGGUCGCCAGCAAAGUUCUUCCGCACACUGACAGCAGCAGAGCGGGCGUUCAUUGCCAAGUCAGCAGAGAGCUAUGCCAGCCUGGCAGAGGUACAUGCCAAGGAAAACGCCAAGAGCUUUGAGGAGGUGGAGGCGGAUAAGAAGCAGAGGGAGGGGUGGGCCAACUACAGUGAAGACUUUGUUUCUAGUGUGGGCGCUGUUGUGGAUAAGCCGCCUGUUCCUAGUCCAGCGGAAGAAUCCGCCUUGCUGAAACCACGAGAAAUCCCCGGAGAGAAGGAUGCGGAAGCGAAAACUGAUAGGGAGGAGUCUGGUGCCGUGGAAAAUAAGGGUGCAGUGGUUUUGAGUAACAUUGACAAAUCCGCAAUCGAUGCUGGGAUGGGGAAGUUGGAGGAAGGCAGGCAGCAAUGCUUAUUGGAGGAGAAGGGUAAGAUGACAUGGGAGCAGCAAUGGAUGGUUACAGCAGUGGAUGCAGUAAUGGGGAGGUUGGUGCAUGCGGAGGAGGAGGAAAUGGCUCGACUGCUUGUGGCGCAGCAGAGACAACUGAAGGCGAAUUCAGCAGUGGCAAGGGCAGGAGAAGCAGCUUUGGAUGCAAGGCAAGCACAUGGCAACUUGGAAGAAGCACGGAGGCAGGCCGUGGUGGAUCUUGAAGCAAGCCAAACUGCGCUUGAAGAAGCAAGAAUGCGUCUGGGGGAUCUCAAGACAGCACGGCAGCAGCAUGAGGAGUUUCUGGAGAAACGAAUUGCUCAGCAGAAGCUUGUAGUUGAGCGUGCACUGAAGCAAUUGCAGGAUGAAGCAAGAAGGAUUGCCAAGGAAGAAUCAGAAGUUGAUGCCAUUGGGGAAGGGGUGACCAAGUUAAAUAGCAUCUGGAUUCAGCUUGCAGCUGAACAGCAAAAACUGGAUGAGCUUUUCUUCACUUGCUGA